UUCCUUCUCCAUUUCAUUCGAUUUCCUUCCGGCUAACUCUCUUCUAGCUUAACUGCCUGCCGGCCAUGGCAGCUCAUGUGGACCCGCUCGUGGUGGGGAGGGUGAUCGGCGACGUGGUUGACCUGUUCGUGCCGACGGUGGCCAUGUCGGUGCGCUUCGGCACCAAGGACCUCACCAACGGCUGCGAGAUCAAGCCUUCCGUCGCCACCGCCACGCCUGUGGUCCAGAUCGCCGGCAGGGCCAACGACCUCUUCACUCUGGUUAUGACUGAUCCAGAUGCUCCGAGCCCCAGCGAGCCAACCAUGAGGGAGUGGCUUCACUGGCUGGUGGUUAACAUAGCAGGUGGAACAGAUCCUUCUCAAGGUGAGGUGGUGGUGCCGUACACGGGCCCACACCCGCCGGUGGGCAUCCACCGCUACGUGCUGGUGCUGUACCAGCAGAAGUCGCGCGUGGUGGCUCCGGCCCCGGCGCCAGGGGCGGAGGCGGCGCGCGCGCGCUUCACCACUCGCGCCUUCGCCGACCGCCACGAGCUGGGCCUCCCCGUCGCCGCCAUGUACUUCAACGCGCAGAAGGAGCCCGCCAACCGGCGCCGCCACUACUGACCGGCAGGUCGGCAAUAAGGCAUAAUCAAGAGAGCCGGCGCGUGUGAUCUCGGCCGUCUCCCAGUAUUAGCUGUUGUGUUGUCUGCUGUUUAGUCUGAACCGUAUGUAUGGUCUUGUCUCCUGUGAUUGUGAUGUCUCCCGUUAAUCCAUGCACCCGCCUAAUCUUGGUUUUUAAUCUAUAUUAAUAUAAAAACAUAAGUUGAUUGUUUUC